AUGACAUUUGACCAACUUUACGAAUUAGCUCAAAGUAAUAAGAGUGUGACCUCAGAAUUGGCGAAGAAUCCUAAAGAGUCGCCCGGGGAGAUUGCACACACGCUGUACAGUCAUCUUAGACAUGAGGGAGUUGGAGAUAAGCCCCAGUUACCCUCCGAACAAUCAGGCCCUAUUGCAGACCUCCAGAGAGUUUUGGAGUGUGGAAAAUGGGGUGACCAACACCCCAGCGAUCUAUUCUUGAAGGUGGGUAAUACCUACAUUUGUUGCUACCGCGACGCUUUGAUAUCACUUGAGCAUAGUCCUUUGGCCGGACUAGCUUCCCCCUCAUUGAUGGGUAGCCAUGGGGUGGUCCCCUUAACCAUAAUCUCCACUUUACAGGAUAUCAAUCGGCAUACUGCUAACUGUAUUGUUCGAGCGCAAAAAGAAGUAUUCUUAGCAACGAACUUUUGGAUAUAUUCUGACGCAUCGUUGAUAAUUACCAAUGCGCUCCACGAAUUGUCAAAACGUGCUGGAGAACGUGGGGACAAAGUAGUGGUGAAGAUUAUAUACGAUCGCGGUAGCAUGAAACAGCUAUGCGAGAACCACCAGCAUGUGCCACCCAGCGAAUGGACUGGACCCAAAGUCAAGCUACCUGCACCGGAAGAGAUACCGAACUUAGAUAUGGAAGUCAUGAACUAUCAUCGCCCAGUUCUCGGUACAUUUCAUGCAAAGGUUUGCGUUAUCGAUAGGAAGAUUGGUUUGCUUCAAAGCAACAACGUGCAGGAUAACGACAAUCUCGAGAUGAUGAGUCAUCUUGAAGGACCUAUCGUGGAUGCGCUGUACGACAUGCUGCUUAUCUCGUGGCAUAAACACCUGACCCCACCAUUUCCGUGUAUUCAAAAUCCUAUCACAAAGAUUUCUUCUACGCUUGAGAAGGCUACAUCCUCGUCAAGGAAUAUGGAAUCCGGCCAUUUCUCGACUCUCCGCCCUGAACAAGAUAUCCUACCUGAAUGCACUAGCAAAGAUCCACACUAUGAUCCUAAUAUCUACGCGGAAACGAGACGGGUCAACAGUCAGUUGAACGCACGCGCUGGCGAGACAAGACUGGAAGCUACUGCUCGUCAUCUAGACAAAAGAACACUCUCAGAUGAUGUCAUAGAUAGAGAGAAAUUUCCAACAAGUGAUGGUCCUGACAUAACCGAAGAAGGAGAUCUCAUGGUGCCAUACAUCCUACCUCCCCAACAUGACCCAGUCCCAAUGGCACUGGUUUGUCGCGAACCCAACGGUAUGCCUCGAAAUUCCGACUAUCCAGUUCCACAAAAUGCGGCCUGGCUUGCUGCCAUCAACAACGCCGAGAGCUCUAUCUUCAUCCAAACGCCAAAUAUGAAUGCCGGGCCUAUUUUGGACGCUCUUUUGGUGGCAGUGCGUCGUGGCAUUGUGGUUACUGCAAAUUUGACGCUAGGGUACAAUGAUGGCGGAGAACUGUUACCUGGCCAGAAUGGCACAAACGAAAUGGUGGCACAUAGACUAUACUCGGCCCUUGAAACGGACGAGCAGAAAUCAAAAUUGAAAAUCUACAACUACGUUGCAAAGGAUCAAAAGAUACCGAUCCACAAUAAGUGGAAACAUCGCAGUAGCCAUGUCAAGUUGAUGAUUGUCGAUGAAGCAAUUGCUAUUCAUGGAAAUGGAAAUUUAGAUACCCAGUCGUACUAUCACUCCACGGAAGUCAAUGUGCUAAUUGACUCUCCUAUUAUUUGCAAGGCAUGGCGCGCUGCCAUCGAACAGAACCAAAACACCAGCAAAUACGGUCUAGUAAGUACAACAGAUGGGUGUUGGCACCAUCCGGAGACAAAUUCCAUGCCGGAGGGCUCGAUUGGCCCUGAUCCUGGUCACUUUAGUUGGGUCAAGGGGUUUAUUGGGGCGGUACAACGCGUUCGUGGUGUUGAAGCUCUUAUUGAAUCAAAAGGCUUCACGGAAGAUGACGUGAAAACGGCGCUUGAGGGAUCAGGCUAUGAAAAUGAGGAUCUCAACAACGUUCUUCUUCACUGCAUGAACCCUGGCCAGGUUGGACAUGCCAAACUAUGUUCUAGUGGUUGCCACGAGCCCGCAACCGAGGGCAGCCACGGGUGUUAG